CUUUGGCAUUGUUGGCUAUUUCAAUUGAACGUAUAGAUAACCUUUCCUCCCAAAUUGCCGUCAGCAUACACAUUGAAGACCAUAUGAUGAGUCAAGAAGGCGAGGGUUACGUUAAAGUGGGUCGAACUAACAAAGCAAGGAACGAGUUGGCCAUAACCUCCAACCUCAGUCAAGACUGA